AUGAGUCCUCACUUUGGUAGCGUGAUUGGCAUUGAUACAAGCCCAGGCAUGGUGAGGCAAGCCUCAUCAAUGACAAAGGAUGAGAAAGUCACGUUUUAUCAGGGCGGCGCCGAAGACCUGUCCUUCCUCCCCGAUAAAUCCAUUGAUAUGUUGGUGGCUGGACAGUCCGCGCACUGGUUUGACUACAACAAAGCGUGGCCUGAAUUAUCUCGCGUGGUGAAACCUGGAGGUUCUCUUGCUUUCUGGGGAUACAAGGACAACGUCCUCAUUGGGCACGAGAGAGCCAACCAAGUAUUUGACAAGUACUGCUACGCAGAUGGAGACGUUGAGCCAGGCGUCGAGGGAAUGAAUGCUUACUGGGAACAGCCUGGCCGCAAUAAAGUCCGGAACCUGUUGCGGGAGGUGGAACCGCCUGCUCAAGACUGGACGGCCGUCCGUCGAGAUCUGUACGAUAUCAAGGCCGACUGUCCAGAGACACCGGACCCUGGAACAGCCUGGAUGCAAAGGAGAAUCAAUCUAGGGCAACUGGAGGCGUAUGUUCGAACAUUUAGCGCAUUCCAGGGCUGGCGUGAUGCGCAUCCAGAGGUUAAGAGCCGGGCGGAAGGAGGUCAGGGGGACCUGGCUGAUAUUCUCAUGGAUCGUAUUGUGGAAUCAGAGCCGCAAUGGAAGGGACUUGGCGAUGGGUGGAGGGACGCCGAGGUUGAUACGGUCUGGGGCACGUACAUCCUUAUGGCAAAGAAGCGUUGA